AAUAUAAAGGAAACGGGCCUAGUGUGCGUUUUUUUUUUUUUAUCAAUACAAGACGUAUUCGUAAUUUCCUUUAUUCACUGAUCAGAUCUAUUAAAAGUAUAUGAAAUAAUUUAAGCUCAUUGCCUCAGUUUUCGUGUGUUCAUGAACAAACGAACAGAAAUUUAAUGCGAAAUUUCAAGUUGUUCGCUAUCAGAUAGGCUUCGUCAUAUUUGAUAUGUAACAUUAACAUACAGUGAGAAAAAGGGCUUAAUGUGUAAAUUGAUAUUUUUAAGAUCAGAUCGAUAAGAACUAAUAACAAAUCUCUCAUUGAGCAUUAUACGAUAUUUCUAAAUAAUCACACACAGCAUUGAAAAGUAAAUAAAUUAAAAAAGCGUAAUUAUGCGGCUCCAGCAAUCGGUGUUAUUUAUAGCGUACGCUUACUCUGUUUUUUUUAUAUUCGAAACAGAUCAAGCUCAAGGAACAACAACAGUUCGAACUGAAUUGAGGAAAAGUACACCACGAAUGGCUGGAUUAGGGAAUGUGUUGCCUGCACCGCCAUAUUGUGGUCCUGAUUUUGGGGGCGAUAAAAUUUUUUCAAAUUAUGUAGGCUUGGGCCAAUAUCCCUGGAUGGCAUUGCUAGGUUACAAAAACGACAAUGGUAACGACGAGUUCAUGUGCGGUGGUAGCCUAAUAAAUCAACGUUACGUUUUAACAGUUGCUCAUUGCGUUAUCGAUAAUUUUGGAAAGAAAGGAAAUGGACUUUCCAAAAUACGUUUAGGUGAACAUGAUCUAAAUCAGGAAAUGGAUUGCGAAUAUAAAGAAUGUAGCGAUAAGCCUAGAGAUUUAAAUUAUGAAGAUAUAAUAAUAUAUCCAGACUACGAUCAUCAAAGUCAUCAGAAUGACAUUGCUUUAAUUCGAUUAGCCGAUAAUGUUAAUUUCACGCUGUUCGUACUGCCGAUAUGCCUGCCUUUAACGGAAACACGUAUGAAUAUAAGUGGAGGGGAAUUUUUAACCGCCGCCACUUGGGAUCGAUUAGAUGGAAAUGCCAAGGUGAAACGCCAUAGGAGGGUAUCUGUUGUCGAGCAUACAGAUUGUGUCAAUAGAUAUCGGGAGCAUGAUUUUCAGUUAACAGCUUCACAGAUUUGUGCUGCCAGUGAUGUUUCCAAAGAUACCUGUGCUGGCGAUUCCGGCAAUCCUUUAAUGCGCAACGCUUACACAACUGAUUCGCAUCACUGGUACUUAGAAGGUCUUUUGUCAUUUGGCUAUCGUUGCGGUUUCCAAGGUUGGCCCAUUGUUUAUACACGAGUUGCUGAUUAUGUCGAUUGGAUACAGCAAAACAUAAAAGAAUAGACAAACGUGGCUGCCUAUGCUUUAAAUUGACAAAAUAUUGCUUUUUCCUCAAAUUGUCGCAGAUAGAAAAACCAACGAGCAACGCAAGGAAGU